AUCUAAUUACUUUUCACAGUUCCGACGGAACCGCCGCAGCUGUAGUCAUCAACAAGCGCAAUUCUCUAACAAAGUAACAAAGAGGAGGUAUUUGUCAAUCAAUACCUUUCUUCGUCGAUUCCCUUAGCUGAUGUGUUGUUAUUUUCGAAUUUGAUUUGUUGGAACACACUUCGAAGCUUGGGAUCUGAAAUAUCUGAUUCUGACUGUAUACUGUAGUCAAAGAUGGGCAGUGAAAGUGAUAAAGGUAGAGAAGCAAUUGUUGAAGAAGAAGAAGAAGAGAUAGUCUGCUUGGAGUCUUUCUUCAUCAACGAUGAGUAAUUUUGUUACACAAACAAAUGUUUGUUUUAUUUGGUUUUUAAACUUAGAUCAAGUGUCUGCUUUUGGUUUUCUCAAUAUACAUGUUUGUUUUGUCUUUGUCGGAUGCAGUUAUCAGUUGACGAAGUUUACGUUUGGUUCUCAUGUUCUUGAGCUCUACUGUCUCCAAUCAGCUUCAACUGAUUUUGAUUUAACAGGGCAGCUGGUUUGGCCUGGUGCGAUGCUUAUGAAUGGUUAUCUCUCAGAAAAUGCUGACAUUCUCCAGGGAUGUUCAGUUUUGGAGUUGGGAUCUGGCGUUGGUAUAACUGGAGUCCUAUGUAGCAAAUUUUGCCGUAAAGUUAUUUUUACUGACCACAACGAUGAAGUGCUCAAGAUACUGAAGAAAAACAUUGACCUUCAUGGACAUUCAAGUGGUCCCAAACCCUCAGCUGAAUUAGAGGCUGCAAAGCUUGAAUGGGGAAAUAGUGAUCAGCUUGGUCAAAUUUUAAAGAAACACAAUGAUGGCUUUGAUCUUAUUCUUGGAGCUGAUAUCUAUAUCCUUAUGUUCGUUAACGAAUUCUUUAUCUAUCCGCUAGGACAGUGGUUGAUCUUAGUUUUAUCCGUAGUUGAAGUUUUGGUCCGGAUCUUCUGUUCAGUUUUCAUCAGUUAAACCGUCAUGGGCACUCCUAUAAUUUACACCGGAAUGAAAAAGAAAACCUUGACAUUACGUAAGCUUUCAGCAAUCAAGUGUGCCAUUGCUAUUUGACAGUGUUGAGCAGCUUCUGCGGAUCAGGGGACAAGGAAACUGCAAAUUCAUACUAGCAUACGUAUCACGGGCUAGACAGAUGGAUUCUGCAAUCUUGAGAGAAGGCGCUCAGCACGGGAUGCUGAUGAAUGAAGUUUCUGGGACUCGGUGUACCGUAGGAAACUUGGAAGGGGUCAUAUAUGAAAUCACACUUCAAAAGAAGAGAGGAAUUGUGUUCGAGUAACUUAGUUCCUUUGAUACCUCAGAAUUUUGUAACAUUAUUUUUAUGUUAUUUAGAUGCAUACAUUUUUGGUGAAACGUUUACUAAAGUUACAGUUCAAAAAGUAUACAAUGACAUUUGUGGAUGCUUUGAAGUGAAUCCACAUUGUUAGCUGAAAAACUGUUGCAACUAUCAUAUCUCCUUUAUGAUAGUUGUCAUGUCCAAUUUCUUGACUUCAC